CCGACUCAGUGCAAGGCAUGCGAUUAACAUGGUCACACAAACGGUACUGUCGUCAACGUGCGCAGCAUUCGACGACAAAUCCGUCAAAGACGACUACUUAUUUGGCACGUGUGUUCCGCACAAGACAAAUGAACGGCAUGCGUGCUUUGAUGACGCUGAUUUUAAUGAUAACUGCCGACUCAGCGCUUUCGUGGUCAUGCCCUUCGGACUGCAUCUGUUUAUCGCACACACAAAUCCUCUGCAACUCCGGACACCUGACGUUCGUGCCGCUACGCGACCUACCCAAGACCGUCGAACAUCUGUCGAUGACCAAAAAUAACCUGACGUACUUGCCCACCGAUGCUUUCAGCGGUCUCCGGCACCUGCGAAAGCUGACGUUGGACACCAAUGGCAUACGUCGAUUGGAUCGGUUCGCGUUUCGCGGGCUCAGUCGGCUCCGGGAGUUGUCCAUCCAGCACACGCCGCUCGAGUCGCUCGACAAGUUCUCGCUUGCCGGUCUCCAGAACGUGACGGCCAUUCUGUUGGGGUACAAUCAGAUCAAAGUCAUACACGAGUUUGCGUUCGCCGGCACCGCCAACAUCAGGCUCAUACUGCUCAACAACAAUCCAUUGCACACGGUGUCACCUAAUGCAUUUUCCGGUCUAACAAACGUUGAACAUCUUAUCCUACCGUCGGGCAUCCAACAACUGCAGCCCGAUUCGUUCAAUGGGCUGGACUCGGUGGGCCUGCUGAAGCUGUCGUUCAUGGACUUGUCGUCACUGAAGUCGUUCACGUUUCGCGGUCUCAGCCAUGUGCAUGUGUUGUCCAUCCAAGACUCGGACUUGGGCAUAAUCCGGGCGGACGCGUUCGCGGGCCUAGCGCACGUUGGCAGUCUCAACCUGUUGAACAACAAGAUCGAUGCGAUGCAGAGCCUGACCGUGACACGGGAAAAUCACAUCCGGCACUUCCGGUUCAACGGCAACCACGUACUAGACAGCCCACGACGGGGCACGUUCGUAGGCCUUGCUUCCGCCUCUUCCGACGGAUUCACCGUGGUCGGCAACCACUUCCCGUGCGACUGUCACCUAUUUCGAUUCUUAGACGGCCGCCCGUUCGGCAACACGUCCCGAGAUCUUUUCACCGGCAAGAACUAUUGCAUUUCGCCACUGGAGCUCAAUGGACAGCCCAUCGCCGUCGUUGAUUCCGCGGUAAUUGACAAAUGCUUGCAAACAUCGGUAGCUGCCCCUCCGAGGACCAAUGCCGGCGUAACCACGACUAUGGUCCUGGUUGUAGCUGUGGUCUUCACGUCGACCGGUUUGUUUUUGCACGACAUAGCAGUGUGAUUCUUUUGCAUGUGGGGGAACCGUCCAAAUCCAUCACUACCUAUUAUAGUUAUAAACUGUCCAUCGAAUGCUAUUGAAAUAUUUUAUUUAUAUAAUAUAUACUAUUAUAAAUAUUGUUAUAACAUAGAUGUAUCAUUGUAUAGGAACAGCUUAAGCCAAACAUUUUUUUAAAAUAUAAUACUAUAUAUUUAAUUAUCAGGCAAUUCCCAGGAGUUAUAGCGUUUUACGCUGUCGGGCGUAAGAGUGAUUUCGAGAGAACUUUAAUUGAUACAUUUAUUUUAUAGGUAGGUAAUGUUUCUUUUCCUCGUGAAUACUAUUAUUAUAUUUCAACGUGUAAAUAAUAAUGAUAUAUUGCAAUAAAUUAUGUGUUUAUUUGAUUGAAUCUUUAGGACAAAUAUACUUUCGUCACAUAUCGGUUUACAUAUCCUCAAAGAAAAUUCUUUUCUACAAAUCUAAACAUAACU